AUGCAAACCUAUAGACAAUCACACUUUUGUUGACCAAAUAAAUUAAGCGAUAUAAGAAACCGGGCAUAUAAACGAUGUAUGUGUCCACCUGUCGAUGAAUAAGAAAAUAUUUAAAGAAAAGACCCCGAAAAAGUCUGUCGUCAUGGCCUCCAGACCGUUCAAGGACAUACCCCUGCAGCUGAUAAAGUGCUUCUGCGGAUGCAGUGACAUGACGCCAGCCGAGGUUCGAAGGAUCUACUCCUUGACGAACAGCGUUCACGAAACCCUUCUGGAUCCGCAGGCCACCAGACUGUUCCGCAAAUUCUUGGAGAUGAAGCGGUCCGGCGACAAAACAGCGGCUGAUCAGUACCUGGACAUCUACGAGAAGUGCUCCGAGUUCCUGCCGGAGACGCAGCGCACCUUCACCCAGGAUGAGGUGGACGAACUCGUCGAUCUGGGCCUGCCCUAUGAUCUGGAGCAGCAUCUGUCCAGGCGCAUGCUCAGCGGCAAUCGAACGGACAUCAACUCCGGUCUUUAUCGCAUCCAGGGCAAAUGUCGCAACGAGAUUGAGGCUAGCAGCGAUUUCGCAGACUUUAGGAACGCCAUUGUUGAUAAGAUGCGUCGGGUGCCGAAAUGAUAUAGUCGGUGCCAUUUUAAAGCUUUGUGUUCACUGUGCAACGCCUACCAAAGUCACGAUGUUACCUUUCGAUAAACGCACUCAACCUCGCUCCUCUUUCCUUUCCCAGUGCCUUGACAGCCCCCACCACUCAUUACCACGAAUCCAAGAUUAGUCAAAGUCAUACAACGACAAAGAAGCGGAAACCGUCCUCCUAAUUUCACUGUGGCCUACGAAUCGUGCUAGAGCCAAGGCUCACUAAACAUUUACAUUCUUAAUAUUAAAUCCACAGACGGAACAGAAACUUUACCUACUUCAAUUUAUUUUACCUGUUUUUAUUUUGUAAUGUCAGAAAUAAAUGACUUCAUCCAAAA